UCACGCGCCACUCUUAGUGGUUUUAUGUUCUAUAAUAUUAUACAUUGUACACACAGUUUACCAGAACAUUUCGAAAUCUUACUAUUGUUUUUUAACUAAAAUAAUAACUAUUUCUUCGCUUGUGAUUGUGGAAAAUCUGUGAUCAGUGCAACUUGAUAGUGUAAAUAUUGUAUACGUGUGUUUGUUUCAAGUUUAUCGCGGUUUUGUGCCUCAAAAUCGGGAAUAAAACAAGUAUUAACGGAACUUUGUUUCGGAUUUUCCAUUGGAUUUUACGGUAGCCGCAAUGUGGUGAUAACGACGUGAUGAUGAGACUCGACGCCGAUAAACACCGCUACCACAACUUACUGAAUGAUGACCAUGCCAAUGAGAUGCUAGAAGGAGAGGGCGCCGGGCUGGCGGCUCGGGUCGCCGAGCUGGAGCUGCGGUGCGGGCGGCAGGCCGAAGAGCUCCUCUGUCUGCGGUCCACCCUCGCUGACGCCCUGCGGAGACUCAACGCCUUGGAAGGCAGGGCGCCUGGAGUUGCAGCGGCUGGCCAAAGAAACGGGUCAUAUACAGGGUCAUCUGGGGCUUCAGCGCGUGAGCUUCGACUCCGUCAACCCACGUACCGGGAGACGGCCAAGAGAACGUCCAGUUACGGUUCCAGCGCAUCCUCUCUACCUCAAAGACGCGGACCUCAACACCAAUCAACGGGGUCACUACAAUCAGAUUCACCGGCGUCAUCAUCAUCCUUAUCACCAGCACCAUCACCGUCUCCGAGAGCCACCCCAGCACCGUUACACACACCACAUCAAAGCCAAGCGUAUAGAUCGCGGAAUAACUCGACGUCAAGCAACCAGAGCGCGUCGCCAGCAGUUAACAGCCUCACAAAAAGAUGGAGUUCCACAGGAGACUUCGGUGCACACGGUUUAAUUAGCAAUAGCAGAUUUACAACUGCAAAGUCGUUACUUAAUUUGUACUCUAAGCCGGCACAGAAUGGAUCUAUAUUGAAACACGGCACACACACAUGUCAAUACAAUGAGGAGGACGGGUCGAUCCGCAUGUUCCUGCGGGGUCGACCGAUCGUGUUGUACGGACCCAGCGACCACGAUGGGCUCGACCCCGCCAAAGUGGCGCCACCACCGCAGAGCAAGCUCAAACUCGAAUGGGUUUAUGGUUACAGGGGCAAAGACUGCCGCAGUAAUCUCUACCUUCUGCCAACCGGGGAGAUAAUAUAUUUCGUCGCAGCAGUAGUGGUCCUGUUCAAUGUGGAGGAACGGUGUCAGAGACACUACACCGGGCAUACUGAUGAUGUGAAGUGCAUAGCGGUACAUCCCAACAAGCUGAUUAUAGCCAGUGGGCAGUGUGCGGGCCACGACCGAUUGGACGCCAGGCCUCAUGUCCGAGUAUGGAACUCAGUAUCUCUAGCAACUUUAGCGGUGAUCGGAGCUGGUCAGAUGGACCGUGCGGUUGCUUGUGUGACGUUCUCUCGCGCGGACGGCGGCUCGCUGCUGGCGUGUGUUGAUGACGGUCCAGACCACACCAUAUCCGUGUGGGAGUGGCAGCGAGGGGAUAAGGGGCACUGCAUAGCGGAAACUAAGUGUUCAGUGGACACGGUGGUGGCAGCUGAAUUCCACCCGUUGGACCGCAACCAAAUAGUGACGUGCGGGAAGAACCACAUCGCGUUCUGGACGCUGGACAACACCAACAUGCUGUACAAGAGGAUGGGCGUGUUCGAGGGCCGUGACAAACCCAAAUACGUCACUUGUCUCGGAUUCAAUCACAACGGCGACGUGGUGGCGGGCGACUCGAGCGGCAACGUGUCGGUGUGGGCGCGCGGCUCGGCCGCCGCGGGCCGCGUGGUGCGGGCCGCGCACGAGGGGCCCGUGUUCUCGGUGGCCGUGCUCAAGGAGGGCCACGUGGUCACCGCCGGCGGCAAGGACGGACGCAUACUCAUGUUCGACCCGGACCUCAACCCCACCGGGCUCCAACACACGAUCGAGGGACAUUACGGUGGUGUCCGCGUGGUGGCGGAGGGUCGUGGCAGUCAACUUUUCAUAGGCACCACCAAGAACUGCAUCCUGCAUGGAGACUUGGAACUGGGUUUCUCACCAGCCGUGUUAGGUCACGUGGAGGAAGUGUGGGGUCUGGCGGCGCACCCGCAGUUAGCGCAGUUCGCGUCGGCCGGCGCAGACCGCCUCCUGCAGCUGUGGGACGGACUCGCACACUGCACCCUCUGGAGCAAGGACAUCGACGAGCGCGCUGCGUGCUGUGCGUGGUCGCGGGCGGGCGGCGCGCUGGCGGUGGGCGGAGUCUCCGGCGCAUGGCUCGUGUUCGACCCCCACACCCGCCAACUGCUGGCCUCGCACCGCGACGGCACGGAGCCGAUCCAAACGAUCCAGUAUUCACCUGACGACAGCAUGGUGGCGCUAGGAUCGCGGGACAAUUUCAUCUACGUGUACCGAGUCGAAGACGAAGGCGCACGUUAUACACGCAUUGGAAAGUGUCUCGGUCACUCAAGUUACAUAACGCAUCUGGAUUGGUCUGAAGACAGUCAGUAUAUAAGGAGCAAUUCUGGAGACUACGAGCUUUUAUUCUGGAACGCGACAACAUGCCGUCAGGUGACGUCAGCGUCGUCUCUCCGCGACGUGUCGUGGUUCACCAACUACUGUCCCAUCACGUUCACCACCAUCGGCGUGUGGCCAGAGAACGCAGACGGAACAGACAUCAACUCCUGCACCAGGUCUCAGGACAGCCGGCUGGCAGCCACUGGCGAUGACUUUGGGAAAGUCAAAUUAUUCGCCUACCCUGUAACACAACCUAAGUCACUGUGCCACCAGUACGGCGGACACUCGUCUCACGUGACCAACGUGAAGUUCCUCUCCGACGGCGGCAGACUCCUCUCAGCUGGAGGCCACGACACCGCCCUCAUGCAGUGGCUGGUGGACUAGCUGCCUCACCAUCGUUAAAACCUUCAAGAGCUUAUUCCUUCUUAAAAGGACAUCAACACAUGCAGUUAGCCUGGAUUUAGUAUCUCACAGGCAGAGGUAAUCACUUACCAUCAGGUGCCGCAAGCUCGCUUGUCCCCUAUGCUACCAUAAAUUAUUUAUUAGAAGCCUAGCAAACCAUAGAGAUGUCCAACAAAAUACAUGUUCCAACAUGUUUCGUA